AUGACAACUUUCUUCGAAAGCGAAGACGAUCGUUUAGUAUUGAAUAUUUCUGGUGCUCACUAUGAAAUCAAUGUUUCUGAUGUGUCGAAUUUUCCCGACACGGUUCUCGGCGAUCCACUGAAACGUAUUCGUUAUCUUGUACCUGGCAAAACCGAUUAUUUCUUUCCACGACAUGCGAGCUCGUUCGAAUCGAUACUCUAUUACUAUAUUAAUGAUGGAGUUCUUAUUAAAUCAGAGACUAUUCCAGCAAUGAUAUUCUACGAGGAAAUUCGAUUUUUUCAAUUGAACGACAAAUUAGUGCAACGAUUCUAUAAUGAUUAUCUCUCAAGCUACGAGCAAAUACCUAUGAAAGCUGAUUCACGAUGGAAGAAGAUCUUUUCUCAUUCGUCAAAUAUAAUGAAAACAUUCUCGGCAGUAUUUAACGCUCUAGCGAUUUAUUCUCUAUGUGUAGAAACAAUGAGUGUAUAUCGAAGUGUUCAUCAUACAAUGUGGAUAGUCACUCAUCCAUCAAAACCUUCGACAUGUUCCGACAUGAAUAUACGUCCCUAUCAAUUCAUUCCAUCGUUUAAUUCAGAAAAUACAACAUUAGAAAUGAUCUGUAUCGCUUGGUUUUAUUUCGAAUUAUUUACACGCACGUUAAUCACACCUUCAUUGUUUCAAUUAAUUUUCGAUCCAAAUUUUGUGCUAGAUAUUCUUUGCAUUUUACCAACGAUCUUAAGUCAAAUAUUCUAUCAAAUUUAUGAAAGAAAUGGCAAUCCUACGAAAAUCAAUGAAACCCAAUUAUUUGAUUAUUUGACUUGUUUGAAAUUAUUUCGUCUUUUCCGAUUAACUCGUCAUGUACAAUGUUUGAUUACGCUGCUGAAAGUCUUGUACAUCAAUUUAAAGGAUGUAUUGAUGUUAACCAUCUUAAUCAUCUUUGGAGUCUUCUAUUUUGGCUUAACACAAUUUGUUCUCGAACAAAUGUAUGAAGAAAAUGAAAUGAAAAACAUCGGCGAAGCAUUAUGGCAUGGAUUUACAGUUAUUAUCACAAUUGGUUAUUCUGAUCUCGCUGAGCAUCAAUUUCUAUCUUACAUAUUUGCCAUUGUUGGAGUUUGGUACGGUUCGAUAUCAAUGGCGAUUAUUCUACCGAAUGUAACUCAAUCGUUCAAUGUUUUUCAUAACAUAAAAAGGCGUCGUUUUAUGAUUAAAUAUAAAAUAAAUUGA